CAUCCUCCCUCCCUCUCGUCCACCCCCUCCUAUCUCACUCAAUAAAAAUUCCCUUUUCUUUGUUUCUUUCUUGCUCGUCCGCCAGUCGCCAUUUCUCUUCUGACUAUUUCUCCUUCAUUCUUUCUCUUUCCGGCGAAAUUCCUUUCUUUAGAAUCGGACACUGCCAGGUCCACUUUCUGAUUCUCUCUGCACUGGUAAAACACAUUACACUUCCAUCAAGCUUUGGAAAGAAACGCAACCUGACUCUUUGCCCACCCUUCUUUCUUUCUUUAUUCACUCUGGGAGGUAUCUACGACACGUGCUUUUCACUUGACCAAUGGCGGUUCCUCUAACGGUUGCCGCCGCACGGGCUUCACUUUACGUCGGCGACCUCCACCCUGACGUCAGCGAUGGACAGCUGCUCGAAUUGUUCUUGGAGUUCAAGAGCCUCACUUCUGUUCGGAUCUGUAGGGACUCCUCCACCGGCAGGUCUCUAUGUUAUGGCUAUGUCAACUUCAACUCUCCUCAAGAUGCUAUUCGUGCUAUUGAGGUGAAGAAUCAUUUUAAACUGAACGGGAAAAUGAUAAGGGUCAUGUGGACCCAUCGUGACCCCGAAGCAAGAAAAAGCGGCAAAGCGAACGUAUUUGUUAAGAACUUAGCUGAACCUAUAGAUAAUGCGGGAUUACACGAACUGUUUCAAAAAUUCGGGAAAAUCUUGUCCACCAAAGUUGUCACGUCUGAAUAUGGGAAGAGCAAGGGGUAUGGCUUCGUUCAAUUUGAGUCAGAGGACUCUGCAAAUGUCGCCAUUGAAAAGCUGAAUGGCUCCACUGUUAGAGAUAAACUGAUAUAUGUUGGUAAGUUUGUCAAAAAAAGUGAACGUCUCUUGCCCGGUCCCGAUUCCAAGUUCACGAAUUUGUUUAUGAAAAAUCUGGACCCAGAGACCACAGAAGAGCUUCUGCAGGAAAAGUUCGCCCCUUUUGGAAACAUUGUUAAUUUGGCUGUUGCUAAGGACAACAAUGGAGUAUCAAAGGGUUUCGGCUUUGUGAACUAUGAUAAUCCAGAUGAUGCUAAACGGGCAAUGGAAACCAUGAAUGGAUCACGACUAGGUUCGAAGAUUAUAUAUGUAGCCAGAGCGCAAAAGAAGGCUGAGCGUGAAAAGAUCUUGCACCAUCAGUUUGAGGAGAAGCGUAGGCAACGGAUCUUGAAAUAUAAGGGAUCAAACAUUUAUGUGAAAAACAUUGAUGAUGAUGUCAAUGACGAAGAACUAAGACAUCAUUUUAGUUCAUGCGGGACAAUAACGUCUGCUAAAGUUAUGCGGGACGACAAAGGAAUAAGCAAGGGGUUUGGUUUUGUCUGUUUCUCCGCUCCUGAGGAGGCCAAUAGAGCUGUAAACAUUUUCCAUGGAUGCAUGUUUCAUCGUAAACUGCUAUAUGUUGCCAUAGCUCAAAGGAAGGAAGACAGGCAAGCACAAUUAAAGGUGCAGUAUGCACCGGGAAUAGCAGGACUAGCUGGACCUCCAACCGCUGUUAUACCUGGUGGAUAUCCUCCUUACUACUACGAAGCCACUGGUGUUGUUUCACAGCUGCCAUAUCGACCCGGGCUAGUUUAUCAACCGCUGGGAUUGAGGCCAGGAUGGAGGCCUAACGGCUUUGCACCUCCAACAAGACCAGCUCAACAGGCUCCAUUUUCUGUUCCUGCUACUUCUAUGAGGCCGCACAGACAAAACAGGAGUAGGAUGAAUGGGCAGGCAAUUUCGCAGGGGAAUGUUCGCUUGGGUAAAUUCAUGCCACAAGCACAACACCCUUCGCAGCCAAUGGUCUCUUCAAAAGAAUCAACUACUCGGCAGGUUCGCUUUGCUUUUGCUGCUCAGGAGUGGCAGCAGCAAAAGCAACUCCUUGGCGAGCAUAUUUACCGACGGGUACAUAAACUCAAGCCUAGCCUGGCAGCGAAGAUUACUGGGAUGCUCCUGGAAAUGGAAAUUGGUGAAUUGCUGCUUCUCCUGGAAUCUCCAAGAUCUCUUUUUGCCAAGGUGGAAGAAGCUGUGCAGGUGCUUAAGAACUCCAAGACUUGAGUGUCGGGCCAGGAUGCACUUCAUCCGAGCAACUUUCCAGCUGAGGUUGCUGUGAACUGAAGACUUCAACUUGAAGCCAAUGACUUGAGCGAAACUUCUGGAGACCCAGAUUUUUGUUCAUAAUUUUUGACAUGUGAGAUUCAGAGAUAGCUUUGUUUUGGAUUUUGAUUUCAAUGCUUGACUAAAGGAUGAACUUGAGCUGAAGAUCGUUUACUUUUUCGUUCAAUUACAU